AUGGCAGGAGGGAUCACUGACACCGGAGAACCUUACUCCCCAUUUGUGGGGAUGGUGUACAUGUUCAACCUGAUCGUGGGAACAGGUGCUCUGACCAUGCCCAGAGCCUUCGCCACAGCCGGCUGGGUGGUCAGCUCGGCUCUCAUCUGCAUUUUAGCAUUUAUGAGCUACAUGACCACCACUUUUGUGAUUGAGGCGAUGGCGGCAGCCAACGCUCAGCUGAGCUGGAAGAGGAGAGAGCAGGAAGAGACUGACAACAGCGACUCCAGCUCCGACUAUUCAGACGAUGAUGUCAUGGGCCGAGGCCGAGCAGAACCCGAAACAAAACCCAUCUUGUCUGUCCAGAGAUCUGGUCACGUCAAUCAUUUCGACAUUGUGGAGCGGAUCGAGAUGGGCCAAAUGGCCUCCAUGUUCUUCAACAAAGUUGGAGUCAACAUGUUCUACAUCUGCAUCAUCAUCUAUCUUUAUGGAGAUCUGGCCAUCUACGCCGCGGCUGUGCCCAUUUCACUCAUGGAAGUGACCUGUGGAAAUCACUCCUGCAGUGCUGGAAGUGUGAAAUACAACGAUACAGAUCAGUGCUGGGGCUCCGUCACCAGGAACAAUGCUUACAGAAUAUUUCUGGCUGGAUUCACUGUUCUGUUGGGGCCCUUCACCUUCUUCAACGCCCAGAAGACCAAAUACCUUCAGAUUCUCACCUCACUCAUGCGCUGGAUUGCGUUCACCAUGAUGAUCAUCUUGGCAUUAAUCCGCAUCGGUAAAGGCACCGGCGAGGGCCGCCCACCCAUCGCCAACCUGGCUGGCGUCCCCAACCUGUUCGGGGUGUGCGUCUACUCCUUCAUGUGCCAACACUCGCUGCCCUCCCUGGUGACGCCCAUCUCCGAGAAGAAACGAGUCAGCGCUCUGGUGCUGGCAGACUACGUCCUGAUCCUGGCCUUCUACGUGCUCCUCUCCUUCACCGCCAUCUUCUGCUUCAACAGCUCUCUGCUGUACGACAUGUACACGCUGAACUUCACGGACAACUGCGACGUGCUGGAUAUCGCCAUGCUGCGGUACUUCCUGGGCCUCUUCCCCGUGUUCACCAUCAGCACCAACUUCCCCAUCAUCGCCGUGACGCUUCGGAACAACUGGAAGACCCUGUUUCACCGAGACGGAGGCACCUACCCGUGGGUGGUGGACAGAAUUGUGUUUCCGCUCAUAACCCUGGUACCCCCGAUCGUGGUGGCCUUCUGCACCCACAACCUGGAGUCACUGGUGGGGAUCACCGGGGCCUACGCCGGAACGGGAAUCCAGUACAUCAUCCCGGCCUUCCUCGUGUUUUACGCCAGGCGCCAUCUGGAGCCGGUGAUGGACAGACAUGCCAUUAACAAGCACCAGUCCCCCUUCCACCACGCCUUCUGGGUGUGGUUCGUAAUCAUCUGGGCUGUCUUCUGUCUCAUGUUUGUUACAGCAAACAUCAUCCUGACGGACACCAAGAAAUGAGAACUCCAUGAAAACCUUCUCGUACGGCCAGUUUCUUUGCUGCGAGGCCUUACUGCUGCUCUACAAACUGAGUGCCUUUAUUUCAUUUUUUUUUUUUUUUUUUACCAAACAUUAGUUGUUUAAAUUAGUCGUCAUCUAAAGUAAUUUAUCACAUUUGUUGAAAGGGACCAACAGUUUAUUAUAGAAGUUUGAGGGGUGGACGGUAGGAUGGAAAGGGAAUUUAUAAACAAAUAAUUUUUUGACAGAAAACAGCUGGUAGUCUGAGGUUUUUAUGAUUUUUUUUUUACGCUGAAACAU